UCAAGUCAAAGAGAAGAUGGGUAAACUAGUAGAGUAUAUACUGUUACUUCUAUCAGUUGUACUAGUAGUAUCUACAUUGACUGGAUCUACUAACAAUUACUACAAUGAACCUACAAAAGUCACAGAUUGUUCUGUUACUAAGAAAUUUGCUGAAUUCACUAAUGCAUCACUAACUCCUAAUCCAAUGACUCGUGGAAAGGCAUAUUAUGUGAAAGGAACUUUUCAUAUUAAGAAAACCAUACAAUGGGGUAUUGUACACAUCAUAAUGACAUAUAAUUUCAAGGAUUAUACCAAUAUUACUUUCAUUGAUGACAAAUUUAAUUUCUGUGACUUCUUUCUCGCUUUGACCAAGUUUCGUUGUCCAAUAACUCCAGGAAUAUAUCAAUUGAAUUAUACAUGUAAUGGUAAUGAAGCAGUACCAAAGCUCUUUUGGCGAGGUAGGUAUUAUGCCAAAGCAGCUGCAUAUAAUGAGAAUGGAGAAAAAAUUAUGUGUCAAAAGGCAGAAGUUACUAUUAACUAAACUGCAUGUAUUCUAAUAUGACUUGAAUACAAUUACUAAUAUCAUUAAAUUAAUGCCAAGAGUGCACUAAUACUUAGACUGAAAACAA